CUGCAUCACACACACACACACACACACACAGAGUCAGGCAGGCAACAGAGACAGAGAGCAACACAGAGAGAAGGAAAACACUAAAGAUAGAUAGGUGGGUUAAAGAAGAAACAACAACCACGAAGACUAAGUAUGUAAACACGGUUAUGUGAGCUAUUGGCUCACUCCAAUAUGGUAUCCUUCCGUGCCGCAGGAUACAUUCAGAGUAAGGAUUUUCAGGGAAGCAGAUACAACACCAUGAACAGCCCUCCUGACCACAUAGAUGGGGUCAACAUGUGCUAGACAGCACCCAACUGGCCGAGGCGCAAAUGUCCAAGAGGGGAACUCUGAGCAGGGCCCACGAGGUAGUAACUCCUCCAGAAGAAUCCACCACCACAGCAAAAGGCAAAGGCCUGCUGGCCAGCCGAAAUGCUGCAGUAACAACAUGAGAGUCUGUUCAGGCUGGAACAAUGGAGAUGUGUAGUAGCGUGGUGUUGGGAGGCCUGGUGUUGUUGCUUCUACUGUGGUUGUUCAGGCUGAGGAGACAGAGACAUGUCCAUCUACCCCCAGGACCCUGCGCCCUGCCGCUUCUAGGCAACCUGCUUCAGAUUGACAAACAGGCCCCCUUCAAGACCCUCACCAAGUGGAGUGGUGUGUAUGGGCCAGUGAUGACAGUGUAUCUUGGGCCCCAGCGAGCGGUGGUGCUGGUGGGGUACAGGGCAGUCAAGGAGGCUCUGGUGGACCAGGCUGAGGAUUUCACAGGACGAGCUCCUGUCCCCUUCCUGGUCCUUGUUACCAGGGGAUACGGCCUGGCCAUCAGUAAUGGGGAGCGUUGGCGCCAGCUGCGUCGUUUCACCCUGACCACGCUGAGAGACUUUGGGAUGGGCCGUAAGAGGAUGGAGGAGUGGGUACAGGAGGAGAGCCAACACCUCAUAGACAGUCUGGACGCCACUAAAGCCGUACCCUUCGAUCCUCAUCCAUUCCUGAGUCGCACCGUGUCCAAUGUCAUCUGCUCCCUGGUGUUCGGCCAGCGCUUCGGCUAUGACGAUGACAACUUCCUGCACUUGCUCAACAUCCUCUCAGCUGUACUGCGCUUUGGAAGCAGCCCCUGUGGACAGCUGUACAACAUCUUUCCCUGGCUGAUGGAACACCUGCCUGGUCGGCAGCAAGUCGUGUUCGGCCAGAUGGAUGAGUUGAGAGGCUUUGUGAUGAAAAAGAUCCACGAGCACCAGGAGACCAUUGACCCAGGCAACCCGAGAGACUUCACAGACUGCUUCCUCACCAGACUCAACCAGGAGAAGGAUGUGUCCUCCUCUGAGUUCCAUUACGAUAACCUGGUGUCCACAGUGUUGGACCUCUUCCUUGCAGGAACAGAGACCACCAGCACCACUCUCAGAUACGCCUUCAUGCUGCUCCUCAAAUACCCCGACAUUCAGGAGCACGUUCAGCAGGAGAUCGACACAGUGAUUGGCCGACAGCGCAUCCCUCAGAUGGAGGACAGGAAGUCCCUCCCCUUCACAGAAGCCGUCAUCCACGAGGUGCAGCGCUUCCUGGACAUCGCCCCAUUGAACCUCCCGCACUAUGCCACCAAGAAUAUCUCAUUCAGAGGGUACACUAUCCCUCAGGGCACCGUGAUCCUUCCAAUGCUGCACUCUGUUCUGAGAGACCAGGACCACUGGGCCACGCCCACAACCUUCAAUCCCAAUCACUUCCUUGAUCAGAACGGAAACUUCCAGAAGAACCCCGCCUUCUUGGCUUUCUCUGCAGGUAAGCGUGCCUGUGUGGGAGAGUCUCUGGCUCGUAUGGAGAUCUUUCUGUUCCUGGUGUCUCUGCUGCAACAUUUCUCCUUCUCCUGCCCUGGAGGACCUGACAGCAUUGACCUCAGCCCAGAGUUCAGCAGUUUCACUAACGUGCCGCGUCACUACCAGCUCAUCGCUACACCCCGCUGACCAGGAUGGGAAUUACAGCCGAACUACAGGAGGAGUACUCAGGAGGAGGAGUACUCAGGAGGAGGAGUAGAGAUGAGGGAGGUAGGGACAGCACAGGAGGUUGGUUCCCAUAUGUCUGCCAUUUCAUAAGCUUGUUCCAGCCAUUAUUAUUAUGAGCCGUUCUCCCCUCAGCAGCCUCCACUGAGGGACGGGUAUCUGUUUUUUGUUUUGUUUUUCAUGACAAUGUGAUGAUUUGUGAUACUUUGUGAUGUGUGUUCUUUAACAACGAAUGAUUGGAGAUUUUUCUGGUCAGUAUAGGUGGAUCAGGAGAAACUCAGGGUCCUGAGAGUGAAGUCCUCUUUGUCAUCGUCUUGUCGUGUCCUGUGUAUAUAUAUAUUUACAUAUUUUCUUCGCAUAUCUUUAUAUAUAUUUUUUUCUCUAAAAAUCUCAACUUCAUAACACUCUCCUGCAACCCACCUCACCAAGUUAAAAAAAAAAGUAUUAUUCACCUCAAAUCUGAAAUCCACAAUAGAAGCUAGCCAGAAGCUAGCCAGAAGCUAGCGUCAGUUUACUGGCUAACGUUAGUAUUCAGCUAACCACGGUUGGUGGUCAUCAGCUAUCCUUUAGCUCGAAAAUCUAUUGCCAGUUUUGUACAAUGCGACUCAGACCAGAGCAUACCGGACCUAUUUUCUCUCCAUAUCUCCAGAUUUCUACCGCAAGCUCUGGACAUUUACACCUGGAUCUUGCAGCUAGCUAACUGCUAUCCGAGUGACUAUUGCCUAUGUCGGUCCCGGAGCAAACAUCAAUUAUUCCGGAGCUAGCCAGCUAGAGUUCCAUCAGCCACUCCUGGGCUACAAUCACCUAUCCGGACCGGUUUUACUGCCGAUGCGGAGCCCCCCGGGCCUUCACGACUGGUCUAGCGACAUCAAACAUCUCCAAUCCAAAGUUAAAUCUAGAAUUGGCUUCCUAUUUCGUAACAAAGCAUCCUUCACUCAUACUGCCAAACACUCCCUCGUAAAACUGCCCAUCCUACCGAUCCUCGACUUCGGCGAUGUCAUUUACAAAAUAGCCUCCAAAACACUCUACUCAGUAAACUGGGUGCAGUCUAUCACAGGGCCAUCCGUUUUGUCACCAAAGCCCCAUAUACUACCCACCACUGCGACCUGUACGCUCUCGUUGGCUGGCCCUCGCUUUAUACUCGUCGCCUAACCCACUGGCUCCAGGUCAUCUACAAGACCCUGUUAGGUAAAGUCCCCCCUUAUCUCAGCUCGCUGGUCACCUUAGCAGCACCCACCUGUAGCACGCGCUCCAGCAGGUAUAUCUCUCUAGUCACCCCCAAAACCAAUUCUUUCUUUGGCCGCCACUUAUCUCCCUCACUAGCUUUAAGCAUCAGCUGUCAGAGCAGCUCACAGAUUACAGCACCUGUACAUAGCCCAUCUAUAAUUUUGCCCAAACAACUACCUCUUCCCCUACUGUAUUUAUUUUGCUCCUAUGCACCCCGUGCUUCUACACCUGCAUUGCUUGCUGUUUGGGGUUUUAGGCUGGGUUUCUGUACAGCACUUUGAGAUAUCAGCUGAUGUAAGAAGGGCUAUAAAAAUAACAUUUGAUUUGAUUAUUUCUACUUCGCACAUUCUUCCACUGCAAAUCUACCAUUCCAGUGGAUUGCUAUAUUGUAUUUACUUCGCCACCAUGGCCUUUUUUUGUUGCCUUUACCUCCCUUAUCUCACCUUAUUUGCUCAUAUCGUAUAUAGACUUGUUUAUACUGUAUUAUUGACUGUAUGUUUGUUUUACUCCAUGUGUAACUCUGUGUCGCUGUAUGUGUCUAACUGCUUUGCUUUAUCUUAGCCAGGUCGCAAUUGUAAAUGAGAACUUGUUCUCAACUUGCCUACCUGGUUAAAUAAAGGUGAAAUAAAAUAGUGCUGAGCGAUUAGUGCUUUUUGAGGUCAGUUCGGUUUCAUCAUUUUUUUUAAAUCACAGUAACAAUUUUUUUUUAAACAUUAAAUGUAGUAUGCGGGUUGAAUGCUGUAACACAUUAUAAAACAAUGAAUAAAAGUCCCAUGAUGGUA